GAAUGUUGCAUUUUACGUGUCGCUCGAUUCUACGGUGCCUCCUGCUUCCAUCUCUUGGGAGGCUGCAGCAAGCAGACCAGGAUUCCGCAUCCUUGUAUUAUUAGUUUCUUCUUCUUUUCUUUUUUUACAUCUUGCCGAGGUUGGUUGUACAACACACGCUUCGUACAGGAGGGAUUCGGUGCUCACCAAUUAAUUAUUUGCUUCGACUUUUGGAAUUUAUCAGAUCGGAAUCAUGGCAGGUCCACUGGGUUCCUCGCUUGCAGGGAAGGUGAUUCUUCUGGUGAGCGUUGCACAAGAUAUGGGUUAUGAACUCGGAGCUCCUCUAAUCAAACGGGGUUGCCGUGUUGUCGUCGCCGGAAAAUUGUCUCGCUUGCAGAGUACGACCUCGGUUAACGAUCUUGGUUCCGCGGAGGCACUUGGGAAAGUGGAAUUGGACGUAAGAGGAGGAGAGGAAAGCAUUGAUGCAGCAGUGGGUCGAGCAUGGAACAUCUUCGGAAAAAUUGAUGUCCUUAUAUAUUGCUCCACUGUUCCAGAUGUUAUUAAGUCCCCAUUGGAACACAGUGAGUCAGACUGGGACGAAACCAUGACAGUCAACCUUAAGGCGCCUUGGCUGGUAGCGAAAGUGUUUGCAAAACGAAUGAAAGCACCAGAGACAAAGGGUUCCAUACUUUUUAUUACUUACAUUACGGGCCUUGAAAGAGGUUAUUAUCCAGGAGUCUCUGUGCACGGAACUGCUAUGGCUGGCCUUCAUCAGUUAGCUAAGUACAUGGGAAUGGAGCUGGGAAAGUACGGCAUCAUGGUUGCAGCAGUCGCAAGGGGCUUAUCGAAAAUAGAUCCCAUGUUAGCUUCGAAAAGUGAUGAGGAGGUGCAAAAGUUUGCGAAAAAAAUGCCCUCGCAGAGAUGGACGCAUCCCGUGCGUGACAUUGAAGCUCUUAUUGCUUUCCUUGUCAGUGACUUUGGGCAUUACAGCACGGCGAAUGUUUUCAUUGCUGAUGGAGGGCAGUCUUUGCCAAGACCUCGGAUGAAGUCCUACUUGUAGUUAAACAAUCUACUACAUGAUGCAGAAUCAUGAACCAAUUCUAGUUGAGAUAUCUGGAAGUGAUUUUUGUAGGUUUGAGGUACCCAUACACCUUGUGUAUCUUGACAACUGUGAUUGGUUUGUGUAGAUUUGACAACCCAUAUAUUAGCCUCGAAAUAUGCUGCAUUGUCGCGACAAUACAACCAAUACAAGAAAGCUUAAUCUCAAGAUUCACACGCUUCGUAAAAAAAAUCCUGUUAAUACUAGCCAACUUGGAAUUACUGACAAAACAGCCAUCUUACAGUGGUGUGGUCUUGGUUUAUAAUCUGCUAUUCUAUCAACUCCUAGACCAUUCAAGUUCAAUUCUGUACAAGCUUUUUUCUUCAAUAUGUAUCACUAUUUAUAAUCAGGGGUUCUUGUAACAACCAAUUACGAAGCCAGA